AUUCGCUUGCCGCUUGAGUCUGACCAAUCCAGCAAUUUAACACCCCCUGUAAAAAUAGUGGGGUCCGCUCGAAUCAGUCCAUGAAUUGAUUUGAUGGAUACAGCUGGAUGGGAAAAAAAACAGAGCGCAGGAAUCUCAGACAGGAUGGCAGAUAGAAAGAUAGAAAGAGAGGGAGCGAGUGACCAGAAACCAGCUUCUCUGUCCUCAUCUUGCACACCGACAAGCAGAUGGGAUUAAGUCUUGGACAACUAAAGCGACACUACUAGUAGUGGGGGCGAGGAUACUUAGCAACCAUCUAGAGAGAGAAGAGAGGGAAGAGAGAGGAGAGAAGUUUAUAUGGGUGGUGGAGGACUUGGGCCGUGGCUCACCAUUUCUCCGGCUUUCUUAUUGUUGGUGGUGGUUUCUACUCUGCCGGCAUUGGUGGAGUCGGCGUGUGGGAGCAAUGCGGUGGUGUUCAACUUCGGCGAUUCAAACUCCGACACCGGUGGCCUCAUGGCCGGUCUCGGCUACCAAAUCUCUCCGCCUCACGGCCGUAUAUUCUUCCAUCGCUCCACCGGCCGCCUCUGCGACGGCCGCCUCAUCCUCGACUUCCUCUGUGAAAGCUUGAACACCAGUUAUCUGAGCCCAUAUUUGGAAUCACUGGGAUCAGAUUUUAGAAAUGGUGCAAACUUUGCCAUUAUUGGUUCAACGGCACUGCCACCAGAUAUUCCCUUCUCUUUGCACAUUCAAGUGAAUCAGUUCCUUCGAUUCAAAGCUCGGUCUUUGGAACUCAUUGCUCAAGGUUCAAAAGGUCUUAUCAAUGAGGAAGGGUUCCAAGAGGCUCUCUAUGCCAUUGACAUUGGGCAGAAUGAUCUAUCCGCUGCCUUCGGUGCGAAUUUACCCUAUGAUCAAGUCAUCCAAAGGAUCCCAUCUGUCAUUUCUCAAAUUAAAACUGCUAUUAAGACUUUGUAUGGUAACGGUGGCAAAAACUUUUGGAUCCACAACACCGGUCCUCUGGGGUGCUUGCCUCAAAAGCUUUCUUUGCCAUGGAAAGAUAACAGCAAUCUCGACCAAUAUGGUUGUCUCAUACCCUUCAACAAUGCUGCCGAGGAACUCAAUGCCCAAUUGAGCAUUCUCUGCGAGGAGUUGAGGUCUGAGUUGAAUGGUGCCACUAUUGUCUACACUGAUAUCUUCACCAUUAAGUAUGAAAUCAUUGCAAAUCAUACUACGUACGGUUUUGAGAACCCAUUGAUGGCAUGUUGUGGCUAUGGUGGACCUCCAUAUAACUUCAAUCAGAAUAUAACAUGUGGUAACGCUGCCUGCCCGGUCUGCCCUGAGGGCUCAAAGUAUGUGAACUGGGAUGGAGUUCAUUAUGCAGAGGCUGCUAAUGCCAUCGUGGCUUCUAAAAUACUUACUACCGAGUACUCUAAGCCCAAAGUUAAGUUUGAUUUCUUCUGCAAUGCUUGAUCCCUGGCAGUCUACAUGGAUAUAGAUUACGUCUUGAAUUGUGUCUAAAGCAAACCCACUGCAAGUUCAUUGUUGCACAAGGCUAAAAUGGUGAAGAAAUACGAACCAUAUCGACGUAUACAAGAAAGAAUGUCAAUAAAAAGCACAUCGACAUAUUUAUCUGGUUGAUGUUUUCUUCU